GCAGACAGUUUCAGUAUUGCCUCUGUGAGAGUAUCUGUGUUUUCCCCCUCAGUCUCUGAGCCCUAACUCUUCAUAUUGAACCGUCUGCACUACAGAAUGACCCGUUGGGCCCUUAUUGCUCCCCUCCUGCUCCUGCUGGGCCUGUUCAUCCACAGUGCUGUCAGUCAAGAUGCUGAGGACCCAGCUGCAACCGCAGAACCACCACCACCACCACCGAGCCAGGCCUCUGAUGGCACGCAGGGGGAGGGCGACAACGAGGACUGGGGAAUGAACUCCUUCAGAGGUGGCUUCGAGUCAGUCAGCGGAUACUUUGACUCGAUGCUGGAGUUCAUGGGUGGACGUGAUGGAGUGUGCAACUACCGCUGUCGAUAUGGUAAAGCUCCUCUUCCUCGUCCUGGCUACCAGAUGCCAGAACCUGAUGGAUGUAGCUCCUAUUUCUUUGGUCUUCCUGUUCCAGAGGGGAUGGACAUGGGCAUCCCUGCCAUGACCAAGUGUUGCAAUCAGCUGGAUAUGUGUUAUGACACCUGCGGCUCCAACAAGUACCGCUGCGACUCCAAGUUCCGCUGGUGCCUCCACAGCAUCUGCUCCGACCUCAAGAAGAGCCUUGGCUUUGUGUCAAAAGUUGAAGCAUGUGAAACGGUAGCAGACACCUUGUUCAACACAGUGUGGACUCUGGGCUGCAGACCCUACAUGAACGGCCAGAGAGCAGCAUGCUACUGUCAAGGAGAGGAGAAAGAUGAACUUUAGAUUAAAGUUUGAACCACUCUCCUAUUUAUAACAGCAACAACUACAGUAAUACAUCAGAAGCUGGGAGUUAUGGUGUUGCAAAGGAGACUGUGUGACUACUUGAGUAAUUUAUUUGGAAGUUAUUGUUCUGGUUCUGCUCAGUCAUGAUUUUACUUUGCAGAAAAAUUCAGAUGUUAUUGUUAAAAGUUCAACUGUGUUUCAAGCCAAUACUCUAUCCGUUUGUUAGUCAAUGCUGUCUGUAGUGUUGGUAUAUUAGCACCAAUACAGUCGGCAAAGGCGAAUGAUUUUGGAAAAGCAAAAAUAAAUGUGGUGUGAACUCAUCUUUACAACGCAUAGAUAGAUGUUGUGCUUUAUACUUUAGGGGUGUUACCAUGCCUAAUAGGAUAGUCUACAGUAUGAAUAAAUGUUAUUGAUACAUACAUGAA